AGAUUGAUGACAUGCUUGCUAAAUGUAACUCUGCAAUAUUUGUUUAUCAUCUUUUGCAGGUUUACAUUGUUUAUUCCUCAAAUGGUUGUUUUUUAAAUUCACAUUGCAUUCAAGUACUAGCAACAGUCCACACUUCAAUAUGAAUCUAAAAAACAAUCAUUUGAGGAAUAGACAACGUCAACCUGCAAAAGACGAUAACAAAAUAACGUCCAAUAAGAUGCUCAAGUAUCUAGCAACAGUCCAUUCUUCAACAUUAUUUUUGCGGCUUCAAAUUUGUGAAUUCUGACAUUUCAUAUAUCUACUCGCUCCAGUUUUCACAAAUAUCAUCCUAAAUGGAAACUAUAGGGACCACUGGCAUGGCAAAACGCUUGAAACCUUCAGUUGAGAAGAAGGAAACAGUGGUGGAAGAUGGAACUACUGUAAAGGUUUCAGGAGAAGAAAGUGAGUCAGGCACUUUGAAUUCCGAACAAAUAGAGAUGGAGAUUGCUCAAAUUCUGGAAAAGAUUGAUCGCUUUACUCAGCUGGUGUCUGAGUUGCUGGAAUCAGGGAAGGCAAUGCUGAAGGAACUGAGCAAUGAAUUUGAAGAGCGAGUGAUUUUAAUACACAAGGAACAGAUGGAAAAAUUGCAGGAGGAAAUCCAAGAAGUGCGCUUACUCGAUGCGACAAAUGAAGAGAUUGAUACUCUUCUGCAGAAUGCUAAAUACCUAUUUCAGAAUACUCAUGGUGGAACCUGAAGGUCCCUUGAUUGGAUAAAAUGUUUUCAGCAUCUCACCGGUUGAUCCUUGUGAAAAUAACAUUUCUAGCACUUGGAUUUUGUAGAAUGUAUAUCCGGGAUGAGUUUGUAUAUCCUGCUGUUAUGGAUCUAAAAGUCAAAAUAUUUUGGCAGCAGAAUUUAGGUUUGAAACCUUAGCUGUAAGCGACUUAAGCAUUCUCCUUUUGAAUAUACUAAUAUAGGAAUAAUGAAUAUGCUGAAAUUGGAGCAUCUAAAUAGUUGAAGGCUAAAUGUAAAGCUGGUUUGCACUUUCUGAGAAUGAAGUACUUAAUGCGGAAGCACUGAAUGUAACAGAUUAUGCCAACACAGAGUUUCUCGUUUUGUUGAACUGUAAUUUUGUGAGUCA